CUUUUUUUAUUCUGAUGAAGAUUCCGUGGUUUUUAACACAUUACCGCGUGGACGGCUUAUUGGUAGGCGCCGAAAUUCGAUUGCACAUAGAAUUAUAUUCCAUUCUUUUUCAUACUAGGUAUAAACAAAACCUAUUCCGUCGUUUGUGAUCAAUCGUCGUUUGGGGACGCCAUACUCCCAUCUCCAUCUUGCAGUUUCUUUGAACCUCACAAUGGCUGACACACAUGAAAAUGAUAACAACAUUGAGAUGUGGAAAAUCAAGAAGCUGAUCAAGGCGUUGGAAGCUGCUAGAGGCAAUGGUACCAGCAUGAUCUCUCUAAUCAUGCCUCCACGUGACCAAGUCUCUCGUGUAACUAAGAUGCUUGGAGAUGAGUUCGGAACUGCAUCAAACAUCAAAAGCAGAGUGAACCGUCAAUCUGUUCUUGGCGCAAUCACAUCUGCCCAGCAGAGGCUAAAGCUCUACAACAAAGUGCCCCCAAAUGGUCUUGUCCUCUACACUGGAACCAUUGUCACAGAUGAUGGGAAGGAGAAAAAGGUCACUUUUGACUUUGAACCAUUCAAGCCUAUAAAUGCUUCGCUGUACCUCUGCGACAACAAAUUUCACACAGAAGCUCUGAAUGAACUCUUGGAAUCUGAUGACAAAUUUGGGUUCAUAGUCAUGGAUGGUAAUGGGACUCUCUUUGGGACAUUGAGCGGAAACACUAGGGAGGUUCUUCACAAGUUCAGUGUUGACCUUCCCAAGAAACACGGGAGAGGAGGUCAAUCAGCUCUUCGGUUUGCACGUCUUAGAAUGGAGAAGCGUCACAACUAUGUGAGGAAGACAGCCGAACUUGCCACCCAAUUCUUCAUAAGUCCUGCCACAAAUCAGCCAAACGUUUCUGGACUGAUACUUGCUGGAUCCGCUGACUUCAAGACUGAACUUAGUCAAGCGGAUAUGUUUGACGGCCGUCUCAAAAGUAAAAUCUUGAACGUCGUAGAUGUUUCUUACGGUGGGGAGAACGGCUUUAACCAGGCUAUCGAGCUGUCUGCUGAGGUAUUGGCUAAUGUGAAGUUCAUUCAAGAGAAAAAACUUAUAGGGAAGUACUUUGAGGAGAUCAGUCAGGACACAGGAAAGUAUGUAUUUGGGACGGAGGACACUUUGAAAGUACUGGAGAUGGGUGCUAUUGAGACGCUUAUUGUUUGGGAAAAUUUGGAAAUCACCAGAUACGUCUUAAAAAACAGCACAACCGGAGAUAUUAUCAUAAAGCACCUUAACACGGAUCAAGAGAUGGACAAGAGUAACUUCCGUGAUUCGGAAACUAAUGCUGAUCUGGAAGUUCAAGAAAAGAUGUCCUUAUUGGAGUGGUUUGCAAAUGAGUACAGACGGUUUGGUUGUUCUUUGGAGUUCGUCACCAACAAAUCGCAAGAAGGGUCUCAAUUUUGUAGGGGGUUUGGUGGAAUUGGGGGUAUACUGCGCUAUCAGCUUGAUGUACGAGCUUUUGAUGACUUGUCUGAUGAUGGUGGAGUUUAUGAAGACUCGGACUAGCAAUUAGCCAACAUCUACACUGCCGGUGCAGGGAUACAGUGGGGGUCCUGCACCUGUGCGCGAGGGCUCGCCCUUCUCUAAGCCCACCCAUGCGUUCACAUAAAACAUUUCUUGAAGCUACCAAGAAAUACUGAAGAAGUGGUUGCCUAUUUGGAGCGAAGAGGAGAUGCCAAUGGUUUCUUCAUCAUAUUUAGCAGGGAAAUUUGAGCACAAUAAACUUGUUAUUCCAACGCAUCUCCUGAGAGCAUAUUUACACAGGUUUCUGGUAUAGCAGUUCUACCCACGAAUAAGUUGGAAGGCUUCUGCUCGUUUGGACUCAUCUAAUAAAUUACUUAUGCUAUUUAUAAUUACGGAGUACUACUAUUAGAUUUUUGGAUCAUCUUUACUCUGUUUGCAUCAAGAGAAUCAGUUGAAUUUUACAUUAAUAAUGAUGCUUUAUGGGACC